AUGCCAUGCCUUCUCGCGGUGUCUUCCCUCGCCUGCGUAGCUGGGCAUCUGUUGCACUUCCAAAACGGCAUCGUCGCUGCUGAUGUGGACGCGAAGACGGGUCUCGUAGCUUUCGGCCCUUUCGGCCAAGCUUUGGGCCGCGUGAAAUUCUCGGGCGAUCGCUGGGAGUUGCAGGUGAACAAUCGCACUCUCUCGGCGACAAGCGGUUGUGGUGCGCACACCGUGAAGCAGGAAAGCUACAAAGUCGCUUUCACGUAUCCGUGCGCUGACCUUCAGGUUGAAGUGUCUUACACACUUCCACCAGGUGCGCAGCACCUUCAGAAGCAUCUCUCUGUGUCUCCUUCUGACUUGAGCACGGAUGGCACGAUCCAGUUCAACGCAGCUACGUUCAUGAAGGAGACGCUUGCCCACUUUGACACCGCACAGGACGCCCCGACCUGGCUCCUUCGUACCAAUGCGUGGAACCAAGGGCUGGAGAUUGCGGGGUUCCUACGAUGGAGCAGUGCGAGAAGUGGGAUGUUUGUUUCUGUGGGGAACCCCUGGGGACAUCAGGAGGCAGUUGCCACAACUUGCUCGGAUGGGAGCUCGCCCUGUGCGGCCAUCACGGCAUCUUAUGCAGGAUCGGUGACCCACGAGGUGUCCCUGCAAGGCUCCACAUUCGUCACAGAACCGCUAGUCAUUGGCUUGACCACUUUGACAAAAUAUUCAAUUGCCGGCCUUUCAGCAGGUGAGGCACGUGCAUUCAAGAGAGCAGUCGAGGAAUGCCAACUUGAUCGGGCGUCGCGCGUGGCCGGGACGGUGAAGGUGAAUGUGGCCUGGGACGAGAAUGACUACCAAAUUGAUGUGGGCACGGAAGAGGGCCGUGCGGAAUACUCGCGAAUUUUCGACCGCAACGCAGAGCUCGGUAUCAGCCACAUUGUCUACGAACCUCGCAACUCCUUGCACUCGUCCCGCUUCAAUGCCACGGAUGACUGGGGCUGGGAAGGGAGCUUGUGGUUCUCCAUGGGAGAACAGCUCCGCAGCGGGCGAUGGGAUCCACGGAACGAUCCGAUGCCCCAGGACAUCCUUGAUGCAGUGGCAUCGGCAAGGAGCAAAAACAUCGGCCUCAUGGCAUAUGCUUACCCGACGAUGCAGUUCGAGGCCUUGCGGAAGUACUUUGUGGCCGGAGGCACCAAUGCACUUUCGUUGGCGCCGGCGAAAGUGCAGGAGUAUUUCAUUGAGGUCAUGACUGCUUUCUUGAAAAAGAGUGGAGGUGCUGGUUUCGCUUGGGAUCAUGGCAUCUUUGCUGGAGACAAGUCUCUGCAGUACGCACAGUGGCGUGGCUUUGCCCGAAUCCUUCGGACAUUGCGGGAGCGUUUCCCCAAUAUUGUCAUGGAUCAUCGGCAGACCAACCAUAUGUGGGGUCCCUGGUAUGAUCUUUCCGGGAGCUAUGCUGAGCCCAUUGCUGGGGACGAGAAUCCAGAGUCUUACGGUGGCUUCACUCCCACCUUGCACACGGACCAUAUCAGCGCUGACCAGACACGCUCUGUCAACUACAUUUAUUCCACCUUGCAGCUACUACCCAGUUCGCGUGUGCCUGGCUUCAUCUUUCAUCAGUCGGAGCGCACUGAUGAUGACGGGCACUUCUACUGUACCCGAGAGGAGAAGCUGUGCGUGAACAAUAGCAAUUCCAGAGAUUUCGACUACCUUGGUUACAAGUACUCAUUGCUGAGUACCAUCGGCACAGCCGGGCUGAACAAUGUGUUCACCAUGGUCCCUGCUCGUGACCCAGCAGAGUUUGAUCAUUUUCCUGAGAGCGACCGUGCCUUCAUCCAUGACUGGCUGGCAUGGACAGACAGGAACAUGGGGAAGCUGCGCAACACGGAGUGGAUCCCGAUCUUGCCUGGGCCUAGUGCAGGCAACAUCGACGGAACGCAUGCGAUGGAGGAGGACGAAGGCUUCGUGUUUUUGUACAACCCGAAUCCCAUGGAGCUCAAUGCCACCUUGUCAGUCGACGAGGCCAUCGGCUUGUUGAAUGCCGCAGAAGAUCAGCAGUGGGAAGUGACGGAGCUCUUCCCUUAUCGGGGCCCUAUGGGCACCCUUCAGUUUCAAGAGUCCGUCGUGAUUCCCGUGGAAGGCAGCUCGGUCCGGGUGCUGGAGUUUACGAAGAGACGCCCCGCUCCGCAUGCUCCGCAUGCUCCGCAUGCUCCGCCUGCUCCGCUUCCGCGGCUGCUGGGUUCCAGGGGUCGCUUCGCAGGGCCCUGGACGCUUUCGGAAGCUGCGGGCCCAUCUGGCCGCGAGGUCGUUGCUCGAGUUCACAUACCUGAUGUACACAAUGCUGGUCGACUCAAGGUAAACGGUCGCACUUGCCAGAACGACGUGAAGUCCAGCGGCCAUGCGAAGGUGAGCAUCCAGUUUUCGGGGCCUGAACUCCUGGGCAAUGCGCCAGUCCUACCUUUACCCUCCAAGGACUUCGCCGGCGGCUGGUACAAUGGCACCUUCUCCAUCCCGCCGGCUUAUUUUGAGCAGCUGAAGGCCCUGGCAAGCUCGUACCCGAUUCCAUGGACGACCAGUGCAACCGGCUGUGGCCAGUCGCACUGUGUUGACGACAGCAGGGCAGCCUGGCUUGUGCCGACGCGCUUGCUCAUGGCGCCUUUCAUCCUGAAGGCAAAGCAAGACAUGACGGUGCGCUUGUUCUUGAACGGCCGGGAAGUGCAGCUGUCGAAGAGCUACAACAGCCGCGGCCGUGAGCUGGAGCACUGCUUCCUGGGCUUCUAUUUCGAUGCCUCUCACUUGCAGCCAGGGUGCAAGUACGAUGCAGCUGUGCACUUGCCACACCUUGAGCCGGGUCACUUCUUGGGCCUUUUCUGGCAGAACACACAGACGGUGUACACGAACAAGGUCGAGUCUUGUGUGGUCCUGCCAGGCGAAUCCUCCGAAGCUGAGGUGAUUGUGUGA